AUGAAAGGGUCUGGCCCUCGUUGUGGAUUUGGCGAAAUUUCACUUCCCGAAAACGAGCCUGGUUCGUCGAUUAUGCCUGGUAAAGUUAAUCCAACACAAUGCGAAGCAAUAACAAUGGUGGCAGCUCAAGUUAUGGGAAAUAAUACCACAAUCACAAUUUCUGGCUCAAACGGUCAUUUCGAAAUAAAUGAAAUUAUGAAUCAAAGUUUGAUGCUUGUAACUGCACUUAAUCCCCAUAUUGGUUAUGAUAAGGCUGCUUCUGUGGCCAAGAAGGCACAUAAAGAACAUUUAACACUUAAAGAAGCUGCCACUCAAUUGGGCGUCUUAACAGAGGACCAAUUCGAUGAAUGGGUCAAGCCUGAAAAAAUGCUUGGUAAAC